CUUUUUUCUCACAAACUAUCAUGCUUUCUCUCUUUUUCCUAUAGUACUCACCAAACACUUCCCCUAUAACUACAACCUCUCGCAACCCAUACCAAACACACCAAGUUCCAUCAGAGAAACACAAAACUCCCUUUCUCUUUCUUUGCAUUUGUUCCUCCACCCCCGACAAGAGAUGAAUUCUGAUCAGUUUCAGAAGAACAGCAUGUACAUAGAAACCCCUGAAGCUUUUGGCGAUGGUGGCAAAAACUUAGACGACGAUGGACGCAUCAAAAGAACUGGUACAUGGGUGACUGCGAGUGCUCAUAUCAUAACGGCAGUGAUAGGGUCAGGAGUGCUAUCACUUGCAUGGGCAAUUGCACAAAUGGGUUGGGUGGCUGGCCCUGCUGUUCUCCUUGCCUUCUCUUUCAUCACAUACUUCACCUCCACUCUUCUCGCCGAUUGUUAUCGUUCACCUGACCCUGUUCAUGGCAAGAGAAACUACACCUAUUCCAAUGUUGUCAGAUCUGUCUUAGGAGGGAGAAAAUUUCAGCUGUGUGGAUUGGCACAAUAUAUAAAUCUUGUCGGUGUAACCAUCGGCUACACAAUAACUGCUUCAAUUAGUAUGGUGGCGGUGAAAAGGUCUAACUGUUUUCACAAACAUGGCCAUCAAGAUAAGUGCAAUAUAUCAAACUACCCUUUCAUGAUAAUCUUUGCUUGCAUUCAAAUUGUCCUUAGCCAGAUACCAAACUUCCAUAAGCUCUCGUGGCUCUCCAUUGUUGCGGCCAUUAUGUCUUUUGCUUAUUCUUCCAUAGGCCUCGGGCUCUCCGUAGCUAAAGUAGCAGGUGGGGGUGGACAUGCACGGACAUCCUUAACGGGGGUGCAAGUUGGGGUGGACGUUACGGGAUCUGAAAAAGUUUGGAGGACGUUUCAGGCUAUUGGUGACAUUGCCUUUGCUUAUGCUUAUUCUAAUGUUCUCAUCGAGAUACAGGAUACACUGAAAUCAAGCCCUCCAGAGAACAAAGUCAUGAAAAGAGCAAGUUUGAUCGGCAUCUUGACCACAACCAUGUUUUAUAUGCUAUGUGGCUGCCUAGGUUAUGCAGCAUUCGGAAACGAUGCACCAGGAAAUUUCCUCACAGGGUUCGGCUUUUACGAGCCCUUCUGGCUAAUAGACUUUGCCAACGUCUGCAUAGCCGUGCACUUAAUUGGUGCAUAUCAGGUCUUCUGCCAGCCCAUAUUUGGUUUCGUAGAGAGAUGGAGUAAAGAAAGAUGGUCUGAAAGCCAAUUUGUAAAUGGAGAGCACGCUGUGAACAUUCCGCUAUGUGGAACUUACAAUGUGAACAUUUUCAGGGUGGUGUGGAGAACCACAUAUGUUAUCAUCACUGCUUUGGUAGCUAUGAUCUUUCCAUUCUUCAAUGACUUCCUGGGCCUGAUUGGUUCAUUGUCCUUUUGGCCAUUAACGGUUUACUUCCCCGUAGAGAUGUACAUUAAGCAGUCCAAGAUGCAAAGAUUUUCCUUCACGUGGACAUGGCUCAAGAUAUUGAGCUGGGCCUGCUUGAUCGUUUCUAUUAUCUCAGCUGUCGGCUCCAUCCAAGGCCUCACUCAAGAUCUCAAGAAAUUCCAGCCCUUCAAAACUCAGCAAUAA